GACAUAUUCUUCCCCCUGACCUCCAAUUUCUUUGUCUGUUAAAAAACUCCCGCUUUCCCGCUGCAUCAAAGAGAUCAACAAACGUUGGCUCACGUAUGGAUCUGUAGGCUUUCACUUCCAUUUUCUUUGUUUCAAGAUCUGCAAAGGUUCUGUAUCGGUAAGAUUAUUUAUUUGGAUAUUCAAUGGAUAGCAAUUACAAGGCUAUUCCCAAGAAUUCAUAUAUAGAAUUACAAUUGCAUCAUGAUACCGAGACCCCAAUACACCAACGAAAAGCCUACCUCAAAUCGCUUUCUCUUAAUGAUGGGGAGAAUUUUAGAGAUCCCAGGAUCGAGAAUGCUAAAAUUUUAGAUGAUAAUGAUGGUGGGAAUGGUAACAAUGAUUUUGAUAUUGAAAAUUAUCCACUUUUACUUGCCAAAUCCAAUAAUGGGUCUGGGAUUUAUGGUGCGAUUUUUAAUCUCACCACAACGAUUAUUGGGGCAGGGAUUAUGGCGUUACCAGCUACAAUGAAGGUUCUUGGAUUGGUUUUAGGGGUUGUGUUGAUAAUUCUCAUGGGUAUUCUAUCUGAAAUUAGUGUUGAAUUAUUGGUUAGGUUUUCGGCACUCUGUAAGGCUUCUUCAUAUGUUGAAGUUGUUCAAUGUGCUUUAGGAAAAACUGCUAAGGUUUUAUCUGAGAUUUGUAUAAUUGUGAACAAUGCAGGUGUAUUGGUUGUUUAUUUGAUAAUUAUAGGUGAGGUUAUGUCAGGAUCUCCCCAUCAUGUGGGGGUUUUUGUUCAAUGGUUAGGGCACGGAGUGUGGGAUCAUAGGAAAUUGGUGAUUUUGUUUGUGGUGGUGGUUUUUCUUGCACCCCUUUGUUCUCUGGAUAAGAUUGAUUCCUUGAGCUUGACUUCAGCUGCUUCAGUGGCUUUGGCUAUUAUCUUUGUUGUUGUAUGUUUUGUUGUUGCUUUCAUUAAGCUUGUUGAAGGAAAAAUUGAGGCUCCAAAGAUGAUUCCAGAUUUUGGUUCAAUGAGGGCCAUUGUGGAUUUGCUUGUGGUGAUUCCCAUCAUGACAAAUGCUUAUAUUUGCCACUACAAUGUUCAGCCUAUAUAUAAUGAACUCGAAGGACGAUCACCCCAAAAGAUGAAUCGAGUGGGGAGAAUUACAACUGUUCUUUGUAUUACUGUUUAUGCUUCAACUGCUAUAUCGGGUUAUUUACUGUUUGGGAGUGAUACAGAAGCUGAUGUGCUGACCAAUUUUGACACCGACCUUGGAAUUCCUUUCAGCUCUGCCUUGGAUUAUAUUGUCAGGGUAGGGUACGUUAUUCAUUUGGUUCUUGUUUUUCCUGUUGUUCAUUUCUCUUUAAGGCACACAGUGGAUGCCAUGGUGUUUAAGGGAUCAGCUCCACUUUCAGAGAGUAGGAAGAGAUCUUUAGCCUUAACAGCAGUGCUAUUGGGAUUGAUUUAUUUUGGCUCUACUAUGGUGCCCAACAUUUGGACAGCUUUCAAAUUCACAGGCGCAACUGCAGCAGUGUCGUUAGGCUUUAUAUUUCCAUCUCUUAUUGCAUUGAGAUUAAGUCAUCGAGGUGAUGUUUUGAGCCGCAGAGAGAAGUUAUUAUCCCGGUUUAUGCUAAUUAUGGCAAUAAUGGUUAGCAUUAUUGGUGUAAUUGGAAACAUUUAUAGUCUCAAAAGCCAACCCAACUGAUAUUCAUCAUAUUUGAUUUUUGGGUAGUUUCAGUGAAGAAAACUUUGUCAAUUUUGUCUCACUUUUUUCUGGUGCAUAAUCAUUUCAAACAAUGGAUUCAAAUUGAGAAACAGAUGUACCCUUGGCAAAAUAUUGUUUCAGAUUGCAAUAAUUUUUGGAGGUUCUCCUGAAGGCUUGGAAGCAUCUUAUGGAUGUCCUGAUAUUUAAUACACAGCGACUUCUCAGAGCAACUGUGACAGGCUGGUUCAACAUUUGAAGAACGCUCAGGUGUAAUACUAAUAUGAACACCCACCAUGUUUAAGUUGAUCUAAAAAUAUACAUUUUAGUUGAUGCAGUAGGAAUUUUUUUAUUCAUGAAUAUUGUUCUAACUGCAUGAUUCAACAGCAAUAAUGCUGCUAAGAAUUUAUGUAGCCAUAAAGAGGCAUUGUUGAUUCAGGUUUUUUUUCUUUUCAGAUUAUUAGGCUGUAAUCCUAUCCUUACUUCUAUUGAAAUUUGUUUGGGAUUGUGGCAAUUUAGAUUUCUACCCAUUAGUUUGGUCUUGUUUGAGGUUGAUUAGCUUUGUUGCAUUUGUGAUAAUUUAGAUUCCACCAUGUGAUAUCUUGAUGUAAAGUUGUGUCCACUUGCAAGCAGUAAAUUGUUGAGCUGUUGAAUCACUGAUUUCGCCAACAUCCAAUGGAACAAUUCACCGCCUUUAGGAUUUUCAAUGUAAUAUUAGCAAACCAGGCUGUUUUACUGUUCGGAUU